CCCUCAUCCCCAUCCCCAGUCCCACCUUUCCCCCUUUCCCAGGUCUCCUUAAAUGCCUGGUUCUGGUCCACGGUUUUCCACACGCGGGACACGGCGCUGACGGAGAAACUGGAUUAUUUCUGCGCUUCGGCCGCCGUCCUGCACUCGGUGUACCUGUGCUGUGUCAGGACGCUGGGGCUGCAGCGCCCAGCCUUAAUCAGCAUCUUCAGGGCCUUCCUCCUCCUCUUCCUCACCUGCCACAUCUCCUACCUGAGCCUCGUGCGCUUCGACUACGGCUACAACCUGGCGGCCAACGCGGCCCUGGGAAUGCUGACGGUGGGCUGGUGGCUGCGCUGGUGCCUGGGGCACGGCCGGCGCCUCCCGCACGUGUGGAAAUGCGCGGCCGCGGUGCUGCUGCUCCAGGCGCUGGCGCUGCUGGAGCUCCUGGACUUCCCGCCCCUGCUCUGGGUGCUGGACGCCCACGCGCUCUGGCACAUCGGGACCAUCCCCCUCAACGUGCUCUUCUACAGUUUCCUGAUGGACGACAGCCUCUACCUCCUGAAGGCCAACUCCGACCUCCUCAAAGUGGACUAGAGCUGCUGAGGGGGGGAGAGGAGAAGCC